AUGCAAACCGUCAUUCGAGAUGCCCCGUUCGGGCAGUUGGUUCGGUAUGUCACGAAGAACAAGUACUUCCAAUAUCCCGAAGAGAAGCCCGACUUCCAAUUACCAGAGACCUGGAUCGAGGUGAUGCACCAGUCGGACCCGUUACGAAUAGGCUCAUCUCAAACGGUAAAGCCCGAAGCAGAAAGUCCUGGAAUUGCAGAAAAUCCCGACAGUCCUGGCGGCGACCACGACCAUGGCGAAGCUCUUAGUCGAGUGUCGACCGAGCACUCUUUCUCCUGGACAAGGGAACGACUGGAAGAAGAGGAACGACAUGAGAUCGAAAAAGUCAAGUCGACGCCCAUUGUCCCCAAACGCACUCGAGACGGCGUUAUCCUGGUCGACUGGUACUAUACCGAUGACCCCGAGAAUCCUCAUAACUGGUCGAAUACCAAGCGCGCUCUCAUCGCAACAAUUAUCUGUCUGUACACUUUUGUCGUGUACACCACGUCCGCCAUCUACACCUCCUCCACGAUGGGAGUCAUGAACGACUUCGGGGUCAGCACUCUCGCUGCUACGCUUGGUCUCUCACUAUACGUCCUCGGAUACGGUACUGGACCCUUGAUUUUCUCUCCAUUGAGCGAGAUCCCCGUCAUCGGCCGAAAUCCAGUAUACAUUAUCACGAUGUUCCUGUUUGUGAUUAUCUCCAUCCCAACCGCCUUUGUCGGCAACUUUGGCGGCCUUCUCGUACUUCGUUUCCUUCAGGGUUUCUUCGGUUCACCCUGUCUCGCCUCAGGUGGAGCCUCCAUUGGCGACAUGUACAGUCUCAUGUCCCUUCCCUACGCCCUGAUGGCCUGGGUUUCCGCCGCCUAUUGUGGUCCUGCCCUCGGCCCCCUUCUAAGCGGCUUCGCAGUCCCCGUAAAGGGCUGGCGCUGGUCCCUCUUCAUAUCGAUCUGGGCAUCCUCCCCAGUCCUUAUCCUCAUGUUCCUCUUCCUACCAGAAACCAGCACGGCAACAAUCCUCCUCCGCCGGGCCUCCCGCCUCCGCAAACUAAACUCCAAUCCCAAAUUCAUGUCCCAGUCUGAAAUCGACCAGCGCAACAUGCGCUUCUCCGACGUGACCGUCGACGCACUUCUAAAACCCCUAGAAAUCACCAUCAAGGACCCGGCCGUACUCUUCGUGCAGAUCUACACUGCUAUCAUCUACGGCAUCUAUUACUCCUUCUUCGAAGUCUUCCCCCUCGUCUACCCCGUCGAUUACGGCAUGAAUCUCGGCGAGAUCGGUCUAGUCUUCCUGUGCAUUCUUGUCGCCUGUCUUCUCGGCAUAGCCGUGUAUUUCUCAUACAUCUAUUUCUGGAUGAAUCCCCGCAUUAGGAAAUUCGGAAUGCCCUUGCAAGAGGCUCGUCUCACUCCCGCGCUCGUGGCUGCCGUCGGCCCGACUAUCGGUCUCUUCCUCUUUGCGUGGACGGCUAGGGCAUCCAUCCAUUGGAUUGUCCCGACGAUUGGAAUUACCAUCUAUGGUGCCACCGUGUUUAUCAUCAUGCAGUGCUUGUUCGUGUAUAUCCCGCUCAGUUAUCCGCAGUACGCGGCGAGUUUGUUCGCCGCGAAUGAUUUCUUUAGGAGUGCGCUCGCGUGUGGCAGUGUUCUGUUUGCGCAUCCGUUGUUUGGGAAUCUCGGGGUGGCGAGGGGAACAAGUUUACUUGGUGGCUUGAGUGUUAUUGGGAUUGUGGGCAUUUGGUUGCUUUAUUGGUUUGGGGCGAGGUUGAGGGCUUUGAGCAAGUUUGCCAUUUCGGAAUCCGCUGUGGAGGAUGUUACUGUUGAAGAGUGA